CCGGAGUUCCUUCAAACUUGUGGCGUGUACAUAACUCGUCGUUCCGUUGUAUCUCAUCCUCCAGUCAGUUGAGUCUGAACUUGUGUCGUUAAUCGUACGAAUCGUUCUGUACUCACUAGACGAUUCUAUUUUUAUUAUAAUUCUAUUAAAAUUUUGAUUUAUUUAUAAAUUGUUUAUAUAUAUAUAAACAUAACUUUAAUUCAUUUAUUUUGGAUAUUCCAUUUUUCAUCUAAAAACUAACUAAUAAUGAGCGUCACCAGUUUGAUAGUCGUGGCAGCUUUGUGCAUCACCACAACUGUUGCCGACAUUGCUACUGAGGAUGGAGUUCUCGUUUUAACAAAAGAGAAUUUCGAUCAAGCCAUCACUGAUAAUCCAUACAUGCUUGUGGAAUUUUAUGCACCAUGGUGUGGUCACUGUAAAUCAUUAGCUCCAGAAUACGCAAAAGCAGCCAAAGAUCUUGCUGAUAAAAAAUCAGAAAUAAAAUUAGCUAAAGUUGAUGCUACUCAAGAAUCAGGUUUAGCUGAGAAACAUGGGGUUAAAGGAUACCCAACUUUGAAAUUUUAUCGCCAUGGAAAAUUCAUCGAUUACACCGGUGGUCGUGUAGCUGAUGAAAUCGUCAAUUGGGUUACUAAAAAGACUGGUCCACCUGCUAAACAUUUACAAUCUGUUGAUGAAGUUAAAGCUUUACUUGAUGCUCAUAACGUGGUUGUUAUUGGAUUCUUUAAAAAUCAAGAAUCUGAAAAUGCUAAAGUAUUCUUAGAUGUCGCCAAUACCAUUGAUGACCACGCAUUUGGUAUUUCUAGUAAUGAUGAUGUAUUCGCUGAAUACAAAGUUGAAGAUGGAAAAGUCCAUCUUUUCAAGAAAUUCGAUGGUGGUCAAGUGAUACCUUUCGAAGAUGAAUGGACCACAGAAAAACUUCAAGAAUUCGUCUCAGUCAAUGCUCUUCCAUUAGUUGUUGAUUUCAAUCAAGAAACUGCACAAAAGAUAUUUGGUGGUGAUAUUAAGAGCCAUCUUCUCGUAUUUUUGAGCAAAGAAAAAGGUCAUUAUGAUCAAUAUGUUGAAGGAAUUAAGAAGCCUGCUGAAAAGUUCAAGGGAAAAAUCUUAUUCGUUACCAUUAACGCUGAUGAAGAUGAUCAUGAACGUAUCCUUGAAUUCUUUGGAAUGACGAAAGCAGAUGUACCUGCCAUGCGAAUUAUUAAAUUAGAACAAGAUAUGGCUAAAUUCAAACCUGAAAACCCCGAUUUAAGUGGAGAAAAUGUAAUGGAAUUCGUUACUGCAUUCCAUGAUGGUAAAUUAAAGAGACAUUUGCUCACACAAGAUCUUCCUGAAGAUUGGAACAAAAACCCUGUCAAAGUACUUGUGGGUACCAACUUCCAUGAAGUUGCAUUCGACAAGAGCAAAAGUGUUCUCGUUGAAUUUUAUGCUCCUUGGUGUGGACAUUGUAAACAGCUUGUUCCAAUUUAUGACCAGCUUGGAGAAAAAUACAAGGAUAACAAAGAGAUUGUCAUUGCUAAGAUGGAUGCCACAGCUAAUGAGUUGGAAGAAGUUAAAAUAAACAGUUUCCCUACCAUCACCUUGUACAAAAAAGAAACGAAUGAGGCUGUUGAAUAUAACGGAGAACGAACACUUGAAGGUCUUUCCAAGUUUAUCGACUCUGAUGGAGUUUAUGGACAAGCUGCCGAAGAAGCUCAAGAAGUAGAUGAAGAUGACGAUACACCAAGAAAGGAUGAGUUAUAAGUCUUGAGCGCACAGAAAAAAAGAAAAGAUACAUUGCUGCGGGUUAUAUUUUUUCCGCUUUAUUAAUUAGACAGUUAUCAAGAGAUCAAAUCAAUUCUCACGAAAAAAAA